AUGUUAAGCUCAAAUAAGUCAAUUCUUCAAUCAAUAAAGACCGUAAGAUUGAAUAAUUUGAGACCACUUAGGAAUACUGUUUUUAGAUCAUCUGUUAAUUAUCAAUCGAGAAUGCCGUUAGUUACAAUUUCUCAAUCAUUAGACGAAUCAUAUACUAAGCACAAAAUUGUUCCAGAUGUAGUUGAUAAGUUCGAUACACAGGGGUUAUUAACAAUUGUUUAUAAUGAUAAGAACCAAGUCUCAUUGGGAAACACCUUGAAGGUAGCGGGGACUCAGGAGAGACCGAAGAUCCAAUUCACUGUUAACUCGCCUAAUCAGGAAGCGGAAUUGGAGGUAUCGGAAAAGGAUAGAUUCUCCUUAAUUUUGACAGAUCCAGAUGCGCCAUCUCAUUCUGAUCAUAAGUGGUCUGAGUAUGCUCAUUGGUUUGUUACUGACUUGCCAUUGAAGCAGAGUACUUCUGAUGCAGAGUCGUUAAGUACUAUACUAGAUUACAGCAAAGGUAGAGAAAUUUUGCCAUAUCAGGGCCCUGCUCCUCCUCCAAAAACCGGAAAGCAUCGUUAUGUCUUUUUGUUAUACAAGCAAGAUCCGUCAGUUAAGUUUGAGGCUCCUCCAGAUAGACCAAACUGGGGAACUGGUGUCCCUUCUUCUGGGGCCAGAGACUAUAUCAAAGCUCAUGGGGGUGCUCUGAAAUUAUUGAGUGCAAACUUUUUCUACGCCCAAAAUGAAGUACAAGAGUAA